AUGGCUCUAAAGACACGCAAUACAAGUGUCUCUCUGAGCAACCACACAGCCGGGAUGCUGGCGACGGAGUACGGGACCAUUUUCGAUGUGGAUGUGACGGUGGGAAACCAGACCUUCCAGUUGCAGGUCGACACGGGCAGCAGUGACCUGUGGGUAGCGAAAACCGGCUUCAUUUGCAUCAACCAGACGUCGAAUCUGGAGCUGCCCGAGGAAGAGUGUGAAUACUCGUCCCAUCUAUACAACAUCUCAGACACGUACCGGCAGAUCGCCAACGAGACCUUCGGCGUGCAGUAUGGGGAUGGGAUUGUGGGCGGUGCCAUGGCGUACGAGGACAUCACCCUCGGCGGCAUUACCGUCAAGGGACAGAAGAUCGGCAUUGGAGAGCGGUCCACUCCCAUGGGCGACGGGGUCAACAGCGGGCUCAUCGGCCUGGCGUAUCCGGCCCUGACUUCUGCCCACCCGGGCACAAACAUCUCCAACACAUCCUAUUUUUAUGACCGCGCCGUGUAUAGCCCCCUGUUCAACACCAUGUAUGAACGAGGCCUCGUCGAUCCAUACUUCAGUAUCACCCUGGCGCGCACGCCCCAAAACAGCUCGUCCGGGUUCGGCGGCUAUCUUUCCCUCGGGGAGCUGCCACCUGUGGCCCACAGUCCCAACUUCUCCGUUGUCCCCGUCGAGGUCACCGAAAAUAUCCCUCUCAACUUCACCUCCGGCAAACGUGUCCGCUCAUACUGGAGCAUCUCAAUCUCCGGGGCCACCUACGGCCCGGCAUCGAAUGGCUCCGACUCCGACGACUCCUCCUCGUCGUCGUCGCUAACCACCAACUCCACCUCGUUCCAGGCCUUUGUCGACAGCGGAAACUACGUCUCCUUCCUCCCAGCCGCCAUUGUUGACCCCAUCAACAAGAUGUUCUCCCCACCAGCGACAUAUGAUGCCUCGCUGAGCGCGUGGGUCGUCGACUGCGCCGCCACCGCACCCACCUUCGGCCUCCAGAUCGGCAACCAGACCUUUUUCCACAACGGCUCCGAUCUCAUUUAUCAACUCGGCGACAUCUGUAUCACGAGUCUGACCAGCUCUGAAAGCGUAGCAUACGAGGGUGUAGUCCUCAAUAUCAUCGGUGUUCCGCUUCUGAAGAACGUGGUCGCCGUCUUCGACUUUGGCAAUAACGAGAUGAGAUUCUCGCGGCUGCUGGACAACGAAACUGCUGCUGCCAACACGUCGACAUCUCAGGUAACAUCGGGUGAAAGUCCGGCUGUUGUGCGUCCGCUCAAAUCCACAGCUCUAGCACUGUCUGCUGCAGUGUUACUGGCUGUUCUUGUGGGAUGA